GGGCAAGUCAACGACAUCGCCCGACUAUGCUAUAUGUUCGAUGUCGAAUUUAAGCAAGGCAUGAGCGUCUGGCCGUUGCUGACAGUGGAGCUCUUGUCAUUUGUUCAACAAGAUUUUACUGGUGUUUUCGAGUUCUUCGACCUACCGGGUAUCGAUGAGGCCACUGUUAACAACCUCGUCUAUAUCGACAUUGUCGAAUCUGUGAGGAGAUGUGUAUAUGCAAUAGUCCCUAUCGUGUCACUUAAGCAGAUAUCGACGAAUCAUUGGCGUUCUAUUCUGCCAAAUAUCGUGGGGACCGCUAUCGAGACUCCGCUCGUCAUUUGUACACAUCUUGAUCAGGUUGAUCACAAGAACGACAAUGUCGAAGUCUUGAGAUCGAUCGCCUGGAAAGUUUUAAAUCUCAAGUCCGAUAACGCGGACGUUGCGUCAAAAUGUGUAUGCUGUUCGUCUCUCUUAGGCUUCGGGGCGCAGCGUCUACUAAGUCUUACGCUUGCUCAAAACACGAAACCCUCGUUCGAGUCCAUCUUUGAUGAGUCAAGAUACACUCCAGAAUAUGAGUGCGCUACUCAGAUUUGCGGCGUAGGACGAAGUGCGAGAAGAAAUUAUGAGAGGUUGUCAUUCGAUGAAUGGAGGGACGAACUUGACGACGUCAUUGACCGGAGCGGUGUGAAGCGCGCAGUGUCUCAGUUCACAAAUGUCCUGUUAAAUGCACAGUCAGCAGCUUUGUCGGCAGGAAUUGCAAAUAUCGAUUUCAUAUUCACAAGGAUACUUGAUGUACGAAAAUCCGCCCUCCAGCGACUAGGCCGCACACGCGAAGAAUGUGAGGUUAGCAAGAAAGCUUUUGACGCUGCUAAGAAGGAAAUCAAUGCCGCGAAACGAUCAUGGAUUGCCAGGGACCGCAAUCUUAGGGAGAAUGCGUCGGGGGCCAUUGAGGAUGCUUUCCUUGAACUUGAAGCAAACUUGCUUCAGUCGGCUCGUGAUAAUUUCAAGAAGGAGCUCGAUUCUUUUAAGAAGGAACAUGGGGCAGAAGGUAUUUCGAAUCUUUCCCUGGAGCGCGUACGCUUCAACGAUGAAUCCAAAAGCAAACUAUUUUUGUCAGGCUUCCAACCGAAAGCCGUUUUUGCAAUGGAGCUCAUCAAGAACCAAUUCAUAGAGCGAACAAGGCGGAACAUUGUGGAUCAGCAGAUCACAAGUCAAAUUGACUUCCUUUCCCAAUGCCUUAGCAGUCGGCUUGACGGGACUCAAAAAGGCGCUAUCAUAGGAAGAAUAAUUGCAGAAACAGUAAACAUACCUGCCGAAACGAAGAAUGUAUCGCUUUCCGACCUCUUCCAAUAUUGUCGCCAGCGUGUACGAGAGACAUUUGACAAGGGAUGCGGAAAGACAGGGGAGAAUUUCUACAGUGUCAUUGAUGAGAAGAAGGUCAUCGAUUCUUUGAAAAGGACGGCGAUAGAUCCUCUCGUCUCAGAUAUUCGAAGGAUGGCCGUCCCCGAAUUUAACCGCCUAAUGAAUGACGGUCGGGAUGAAGUGGAAAGUGUUAUCAAAAAACUUCUAGAAAAGGAGGAUAGGGACUUUGCGAAGGAGCUCGCCAAUAAGGACACCCCUCCUUCACCAAAGGAUGUCGCAGCUGCAGUCGCGUCUUACCUGAACUUCAGCGCUGCUGCUUCCGCUAUAGGUGAGUUGAGGUCACAAUACGAGAAACAUUCUGCGACGUAGCCAGACUUCAACAGCGGAAAUGUUCCUUGUCAUGCAUAUGUAAUGCAAUACGUAGGACCUGGGCUAUCAAGUGUAGUAUUUGAAUACAAUUGCAUUGACAGUCACAAAUACUUUCUUGUGUUUUGAUGGUUUCUAGAAAUGGAGAUAUUAGAAACUUCGGCCUUUCCGAAUUUAUUCCUUUUGCCGCGGUUGACGUUGUCCGCUUUCAGAAUAUCACAAAUGUAGCGUCUGAACCUGUAAUGUUUUAUCGCAUCUCCCACCAUUGCAUGAUAACCCAGGCCAUCUAAAUGCUCGUCCAUUUUCUUCUUUCACACUCCGAUGGUCUAUUCUACCUUUU